AUGCUUGAGACUUUAGCAGAAGAGUGUGAUGGUUAUAAAAGCUUUACAUUUUCUUGCAUUUCAGAUCGCCUUUAUUUUGCAAUUCUCUGCCAAAAACCAAAGAGUGGAGCUGCAAAUACGCAUUAUUUCUGCAUAGAUGAUGAACUUGUAUAUGAGAACUUCUAUGCAGACUUUGGACCGCUCAAUCUGGCAAUGGUCUACAGAUACUGCUGCAAGCUAAAUAAGAAAUUAAAGUCAUUUUCAUUGAUAAGGAAGAAAAUAAUUCAUUAUACUGGCUUUGAUCAGAAAAAACAAGCAAAUGCUGCAUUCCUCAUAGGCUCCUACGCAAUAAUAUACCUGAGAGAAUCCCCAGAAGAUGUGUACAGGCUUAUAUUAGCUGGAAGCAUUUCAUAUCUUCCUUUCAGGGAUGCUUCCUUUGGUACUUGCAGUUUUCAUCUAACAUUGCUGGACUGUUUUCAUGCAAUAAACAAGGCUUUACAAUAUGGUUUCCUGGAUUUCAAUACGUUUGACCUAAAUGAAUAUGAGCAUUACGAAAGAGCAGAAAAUGGAGAUUUUAACUGGAUAAUACCAAACAAAUUCAUUGCCUUCAGUGGACCUCAUUCAAGAAGUAAAAUUGAAAAUGGCUAUCCCCACCAUGCUCCAGAGGCUUAUUUCCCGUACUUCAGGAAACAUAAGGUCACCACUAUAAUACGCCUCAACAAAAAACUGUAUGAUGCCAAACGAUUUACAGAUGCUGGGUUUGAGCAUUUUGACCUCUUCUUUGCUGAUGGAAGUACACCUAGUGAUACUAUAGUUAAAACAUUUCUAAAUAUUUGUGAAAAUGCUGAAGGUGUUAUAGCCGUUCAUUGCAAAGCUGGUCUUGGACGAACUGGCACACUUAUUGCCUGUUACAUUAUGAAGCAUUAUCGGAUGACAGCUGCUGAAACUAUCGCCUGGAUUAGAAUAAAUAGACCUGGUUCAGUGAUUGGGCCACAGCAACACUUCCUGAUGGAGAAACAGGCAGAACUUUGGACAGAAGGAGAUAUUUUCCAUGCAAAGCUGAAAGGAAACCGUAAAAUUGCUGUAACAAGAAUUCUGUCAGGAGUAGAUGAUAUUUCAAUUAAUGACACGAGAAACAGGAGAACCAUCCGAAAGGACAUUGAACUGUACAGCGAUGAAGAUGAAACAAACCGUGUAACACAAGGUGAUAAGCUUCGUGCUCUGAAAAGUAGAAGGCAGGCAAAAGGUCCAACUGCAUCUCCGCUAACAGUAAUUCUGCAGUCCACUGUUCAGAAACAUAAAACCUCUGAACCUAGCAUUUCUGACAGUACAGACAUUACUAAAAGAACUACCAGGUCUGCUGCAAGAAAAAACAGUUUAAAAAGCAGCCAAUCCAGCCCAAGGACUAGAACAGUAUUGCGUUAAAUUUCAAAUAAGCAACCAGUGUUGAAGAGGAUAUUCAGGAGUGAAGGGGAUUUGACUAGAGGGGACUUGAUACAAUUCAAGGAAGAUUACUUUGUCUCCAUUUCUCAGCAAAUGUGAAACAGAUGAAUCUCUUCCAUAUUCGUACAAUAAAAUGAACUGUCAACAUGCUUGGUAGAGACUUCCCUAAUGUGCUAACACUUCCUCAAACAAAACCAACAAAAUCUGUGUACAUUUAGACUCAGGUGUAAAUACUUAAGCUCUCUAUUAUAAAGAGGGCUUGCUAGUAUGUACGAUGCAUGUGUAUAAAUUGUGAUGGCAAUCACUUAGCUGCUGACCACCAGAAACAAAAAGACGGUGGGAGCUUUUAAAUAUAUAAAUCUGUGUUGUCCGUUCAGACUGGGCUCAAGUCUUCACUUGAGACUGAAAAUCAACCACAGAAGCUUUUUUCUUAUAGUAUUGGUACUCUUCAGUGUUAAUUGGCUAUUCUUUCUUAUUUUGUAUGAAGUUUUUUAUGAAGCCGCAGUAUUGAGUACACAAAGUAACUAUUGUCCACCAAAGAGUGCUUUAUUUUCAAAGGUUGUGUGGUUUGUUUAUUUUGGAAAAACUAGCUAUAAGCUAUUAACUUGUUUUUAAUGGUAAUAGACUUUUAGUUGUUCACAACCAAUGGCUCUUUUAACUAGUUGUAAUUGCUUUAAAUCUGGUAUGAUUUUAAGGGGGAUGAAAAACAGCUUACCAUUUAAAGCAGUGCGGUCAUACUGAAAUGUCAUUACUGUUUCUUUUCCUAUCUUCAAGUCUUUUAGGUGAAACUUUAGGUUGCUAUAUCUAAAAGGUAAGAAUUUUUUCCUGGGUUUUGUUGGUACACUUGAGAACAUGUGGAUGUCACUGUUUUUAGCUUUGAGACACUUAAUGAGUGCAGCACACAAAAAAGGGAAAAUAAGCUUGCUGUACAACUGAGAUUGGUAGUGGAACUCAGGGGCAGGUAUAGUUUUUAACAUCCAAUUAACUCCUUAAAAACUACAGCUUACCUCUGUUAAAAAGCAGUAUGAUUUUUAGUGGAAUCUCUCUGAGACUGGAAUUUUCAUCCACUACAAGCCUGUCUUCAAACACUGGGAGCAUUUUUUCCCUACUGCUUCUCACGUUACAAAAUCUCAGAGCUGGCUUUCCAGUGAUGUACCCUUGUCUGCCAACUGAGGUUUAUAGCUGCAUAUCCCUCCAAUGAGGACUGUUACCACAUAGCCUUAAUUAUGAUACAGUUACCUGUUGAUCUCUUACAGUAGAAAACAGAAGAAAUGGAGAGAUCUGAAACAUUAGCAAUGGAUCAACUGAAGUUUUUAAAGAUACAGAUUACCUCUGCAAGGGGGAGAAUUUUCUUUUUAUGAAUGUAAAUGGGCAGUUUCAGUGACUAGUUUCAACCUACAUCCUUUUAAACUAAAAUUAAGCUUUCUGUCAGACUGCUGAUUUUUGAAUGCAAUAUGAAUGUUUUAAAACACAUUGGCUUUAAAACAUUUUGUGGCAAGAGCGUCAUGAGUUGCAGGGGAAGCAGGAUAUGAAGUGUAAGUAAGCUUGCAGGUAGCAUCUGUGCUUUUGGGUAGUCAAAAUUUGCAAAUAUGGAUAAAAAGAAAACAGAAGAGACUUGUAUGAUGCAAAAUAAAGGACCAUGGAGGCUCAGACCCCAAAUAUGUUUUGUUUUCCUCUUAAUCUUCACCCUCACCACCAUUUUAUUCUAGGUGAACAGCACCUAAAAAAGAGGGACAGAAUUCACCCUGAUACAGUGAUUAAAAAUUCUCAGUCUUUUUUUUUUUUUUUUUUUUUUUUUUUAAGCAAGCCACUUGCCCAAAAGCUGAAAUAUAGGUAACCACAGUAGUAGGUGUAUUGUGCAAAGAUGAACUUGUGUUUAUUUUUGAAAAAAAUUCUUAUCUUGGAAGACAGAAGGGGUGAAACUAGUGAUGUGAGAGGGUGAGAGUCAAAACAAGAAAGAUUUAGUAAUAUUUAUUGUGUUUGGCUUUGCCCUUCUCUCAGCUGAGCUUCCUCUUUUAGCAUCUUUGGUUUUAACCUAAAAAUAAUCAGUCUAUUUCACACCCCUUCCAAAUUCCAAAUUGGAAUUUGCCUUUUUUAAAGUAGCCAUUGGAGCCAUUAGCACUUU